GGUGAGGAAGGAGUCAGGGAUCAAGAGUGAAAGGAGUGGUUGUGGAGGUUCGAGGAUGUGUGACAGGGACAAGAGGGACAGGCAUGAGUGCAGGGGAAGGUCAGGCCAGGGUAUGGGACUGUGAAGUGGCUAACCCCAUCAUGCCCCUGAGCAUCCCUCAGCUCACCCGGAGCUGGCCAGCCUGAGCCCACCUUGAGGUCUGGGUUAGGGAAGAAUCCACCCCAGGCAUCUACCCCAGGACCCAGGCUGUGGUGCCCCAGAGCCCACUGCAGCAGCCAGAGCAGGAUGGGGUGUGUUUCUUUUUUGUUGGUAAUGCAUGCAGAUCAAGUGGACAAGAGAACAAAAUAAUAAAAGAAAAAAAUAUAUACAUAAAACCACAAACAAAACCCAACCAACACCAAAGGUGAGGAACCUUGCUGGAUGUAGCUGAAGCAGCAUAGGCUUAGCCGUCACUAUGGCCUCUUACCUAUCAUAUUGACUUAUGUAUUCACAAAAUGUCGCAUGUUUAAAGUGUAAUAGAAGUCAUCUUCUCUCUGCCCCUUGUCCCCUUUGUGAGGGGAUAUGGGAGUGGCCAACAGGCCUGGCCCCUCAACCUCACUGAGGCUAGCCAUGGGGGCCUCUCUGUAGCUGGAAGGUUGCUAGACUGGUUCCAGGGCCAACACAGGCCUAAGGCUGGGUUGCCUGGUUUUAUCUUUAACUUUUAUUUUCUGUUUUGUGAGUGUGUGUCUACCCUCAGCCCCCUUUUCAGUGUUAAUUGGGAGCCCAGGGGAAGUCUCCUACCUCCCCACCUCUCCCAAGAUCUCCCAUCACCAGCCAUCCCUCUGGACCAGGCAGAGGGUGGAUGGGGCCAGCAGGGGCCUGGGGUGGCCUGACCCAGGCCCCUGGCCCACGGACUCCUCAAAUUCCUCAGACAGCUAGUGUUGCCCUGUCCCUUUUUAAACAAAAUGCCCACGUUUGUAAGUCCUUAAGAUGCUUGAGAAUAAAAUCCUCCCUUUUCUUCUGAGUCUGUGGUGUGUCCCGAGCCAGGUAGGACCUGGCAGGGAAGAUUGGGAAGGGGCUGGGGUGUGCCAUUUUGGUGGAUGAGGACUCUUCAUUGAGGGGAAACUGAGGCAGGGUUUGGGGCUGGAUAAGUGGGAGGUGUUCAGAAUGACUUGUUAUGAAGCAGCUUGUGCAAGGGACCCCUUCUCUGUAGUAGUCCCAGGUGGAGCUGGAAAGGAGCCCUUAAUCCCUGAAGGCCUUGGGCACCUGCUCAGAUUUCAGCCCCUCAGUUCUCCACCCCCGCUUUCGAGGGUGGCUGCCCUGCCAAGGACAGGGCUGCUUGCUCCUCUGCAGGGCCUGGGUGCAGUCCAGCCAGGUCCUUUCACUGGUGACCUGGAACUACCAACUUCAGGGAGUCCAGUAUGCUGGGCACCCCACUCUUGCUCCUGGCCCUGCUCCCAGGGACCUCCACCUUGCCUGAUGGGCCACUUGCACCCCCAUUUCUCGGGGCGCCUGGCCCCUGGCUGCGCAGACCCCUUUUCAUUCUGGAGCUGUCGGACGCAGAGGACGCCUUCCCGAGGCGCGCCGGACCGCUCGAAGUCCCGGCCGACAGUCGUGUGUUUGUGCAGGCGGCUCUGGCCCGUCCUUCCGCGCGGUGGGGCCUGGCCCUGCACCGCUGCUCAGUGACGCCGUCCUCACGCCCGGCCCCAGGGCCUGCCCUGGUGCUGCUGCGCGGGGGCUGCCCUGCUGACGCCUCGGUCGCCUUCCCACCACGGCCGCACCCGGAUGCCGCGGGUCUCCCCGCACGCUUCAGCUUCCGCCUGCGCCCGGUCUUCAACGCCUCGGUGCAGUUUUUGCACUGCCAGCUGAGCCGCUGCCGCCGCUUCCGGGGAGGCCGCCGGACGCUUGCGCCUCUGACCCCGCUACCGCCAUCGCGGUGUCUGCCUCAGGAUGAGGCGUGUGCGGGCGCCAGCGGCAGCGGCGAGAGUCUUGGUGCAGACAACCCCCACCUGCACACGCUGACGCAGCCCAUCGUGGUCACAGUACCGCGGCCGCCCCCCAGGCCGCCCAAGAGCUUCCCAGGCAGGGCUUUGCGCCCCGAACCGCCCGCUCCAGCCCCGGUGGCCCUAGAGCCCGCGCCAGUGGUGGCGCUGGUGUUGGCAGCCUUCGUGCUGGGCGCCGCGCUAGCCGCCGGGCUUGGCCUGGUCUGCGCACGUUCAGCGCCCCCGCCCCCCCGCCCGCCAGCAAGAGCCUCGCCCAGCGGUCCCCAGCCCCGGAGACCCCAGUGAGGCAGGGAUGGCGUGCCCCAGCGGGGUCCAGAGGUGCAGCCAGCCAUGGCUUCAGGGCUAGGCCCGCCAGGACCGGACUCGCCGCCCUGGAACGCGACUCUGGAACCAUGACUUCUGCGCUUCUCCCCUCCCUCCAUCUCCCCCUUCCCUCC